AUGGCUGCACAACAACAAGAACUAGAUGAGAAGAACCCAUUCUAUGAGUUAGUAGUCAUUUGUAGUACUUCUGGUCAAUUUGACCAAACCGUCAAUUCGUUCAAAGAUAUUAUAAAAAAGUCUAAGUUAGUAUGUAUAAAAGACUCUGAGUUGUUAGAUUGGAUAAAGAAGUACCAAAGAAGAGUUUUGAAGUACAAUGCUAUAAAUGAGUAUGUCAAUUCUAAGUUUAAAGACCCAAAUGAGGAAAUGCAGAGAAUAUUAGAGAAGAAACACUUCAGAAACAAACAGAAAGAGAUAGAAUACAUUUCGAAGAAAUUGCAAUCUUACGAUUGGAAGACUUACCCUCACAGAUGUCUUCUUAUCUUAGAUGACUUUGCUUCUCAUCCUUUGUUAAAGAACAGAGAACAAGACAUGUGUCGAAUUCUUAAGAAGCUCAGACACUUUAACAUUUCAGUUGUCAUUUGUGUACAGACAGCAAAGAGUUUAAGUAAGGAUGUAAAGAGAAUACUUACUGAUAUCAUACUUUUCCCCGGAUUGUCCGAAGACGAUUUCAUGGAACUUAUGAAAGAGUCCAUGGCAGGUAAGUUUGACAGACAUGAACUAUGGGAGAAGUACAAAGUCAUACAAGACCCUCAUACUUCUUUCAGAAUUCAUAUCUACGCAAACAAAGUUCAAAUUGUAAAAAGUCAAGCGUAA